AUGGCUUCGAAGGACAUCAGUGCGGCACUUGCAAAGGUACACGACUUCAUCGAUUUCGUCAACGCUUCGCCAACUCCUUACCAUGCCGUUGACUCUGCCGUCCAGCGACUGACAAAGGCCGGAUUCCAAGAGAUUAAAGAGCGAGACAGCUGGUCCUCGACUCUCCAGCCUGGCGGCAAAUACUACCUUACACGAAACGGCUCCUCAAUCGUCGCGUUCGGUAUUGGCAAGAAAUGGAAGGCGGGGAACCCGAUCGCCAUGGUGGGGGCACAUACAGACUCAUGCUGCCUCCGCUUGAAGCCAGUGAGCAAGAAGAGCGGUCAUGGAUUCAUGCAAGUCGGUGUGGAGACAUAUGGUGGAGGGAAAUGGCAUACUUGGUUUGAUCGAGAUCUUAGUAUUGCUGGCAGAGCUAUGGUCAGGGAUGGGAAGGGCAACUACAUUCAGAAGCUCGUGAAGGUGGACCGGCCGAUUUUGAGGAUCCCCACCCUUGCAAUCCACCUUGAUCGCGAGACGAACUUUAAUCCGAAUAAGGAGACGGAGCUCUUUCCAAUUGCUGGUCUUGUUGAGGCGGAGUUGAAUCGGGCGGGCAAGAAGGGUGAAAAAAAAGCUGAAGAUGAGAAGACAUCCGCGUUGGAAAAGGAAGAAGAGGACUUUCAACCUCUCCAGACUAUGUCUGAACGCCAUCACCCUUAUAUUGUCAAACUCAUUGCCGAGCAUGCGGGGGCAGAAGUUGAAGACUUGGUUGAUUUUGAGAUCGUUUUAUAUGAUACCCAAAAAGCAUGCCUCGGCGGCCUCAACAACGAGCUCAUCUUCUCUGCGCGGUUGGACAAUUUAGGGAUGACCUACUGCGCUGUCGAAGGAAUCAUAGAAUCUCUCUCAUCAUCGUCGGCUCUCGAAAAUGAGUCCAGCAUUCGUCUCAUUACCUGCUUCGACCACGAGGAAAUUGGAAGUACUUCAGCUCAGGGCGCUGCUUCGAAUCUACUUCCAGCAGUCCUUCGUCGUCUCUCAGUGCUUCCUGCUCACCAUGACACUGCAUCAGAUAAUUCGUACGUAAAGGUUCCCAGAGAGGCAGAGCUCGAUAUCUCUACCGCGUAUGAACAGACUCUGUCCACUUCAUUCUUGGUUUCUGCAGACAUGGCUCACUCGGUCAAUCCCAACUAUGCAUCUAAAUACGAAUCAGAUCACCGACCACAGAUGAACAAAGGCACAGUCAUCAAGGUCAAUGCCAAUCAACGUUAUGCUACGAACUCUCCUGGCAUUGUUCUGUUACAGGAGGUCGCGCGAAGAGCAAAGCCAAGCCAAGACUCGACAACGUCAGCUGGCGUGCCUCUUCAACUCUUUGUUGUCCGCAACGACUCCAGCUGUGGAAGCACCAUUGGCCCCAUGCUAUCUGCAGCGCUUGGAACACGUACCAUCGAUGUCGGCAACGCUCAGCUUUCUAUGCAUAGCAUUCGAGAAACUGGAGGCACGUAUGAUGUGGAGCAUGGAGUUAGGUUGUUCGAGUCCUUUUUCGAGCACUACACGGAUCUGGAGGCUAAGAUCCUUGUCGACUGA